AUUUCGUCAACAAGAAAGCAGUCGUGCAUUCCUCUCAUGUGGCUUGUUAUUUUUCAUUUUGAUUAUUGCCUUGCGCAAACUUGUUUGUAAAAAAUGAAAAAGCAAUUGAUUUUAAACAGAUUUCGCUGCCAUUAGUAUUGAAGUUCUAGUUCAGAGAGAAAUUCAAUAUUUGUUGAGGCAGUUUUUACCGGUAGAGUCACCGCGUGAAAACUGAAUUUAUUUUACUCGGGAAGAAAAACGAUGCCAAAUAGAUCACACUGAAAAUAAAAUUUUGUUAUCACAAUUUUUCAUUCCCAAUAUGCACGGAAGUAAAUAAUAUUGAUUCAUUUGAAACACAUAUGAUACCAAACCAAGUGUUUUAAUGCAAUUUGCUUUGUUAUUUUUUGUUUAAAAGCAAGCUAACUAUCUGGUUUUGCUGCGGCGGCAAUUCUCAGUGACCUGAAAAAGUUUCCUUCUUCUCUGAAAAAAGGGACAUAUUUGAUUGGUUACUUUAUUUUAAUAAAGAACACGGUUUCUGGGCCGUUUUUUCAUGGUUAGAUUGUUAGUAGGUGGACAUUUUAAUUUCCAUCUUCCAUUAAAUGUCUCCUUUUUAACAUCAACAGAGACUAGUAACUUGUCAAAAAUAAUCCCAAAAUUACCCAAUCCUGGAAAUUCUAAAUUCUCUCCUGCAGUCGCCGAGCCUCAAUUUCCCUCAUCUUCAAUUUUCGACUAAUGGUGGCACUUUAAUCUUUUUUUCCGUUCCACACAUUUUGAGUGAAUAUCUGAAAUAAACCACACUGCUUUUCAGUCCUUCCUUAUUUCCACAAUAUUUCAACCCCUGCCUACUGACUUCAUUAGUUGUUUUUCCCUUUGCCAUACCGACAGAACGGCCCUUUUUGGAUAUUGCAAUUCUGCUGGAUGUGCUGAAACAACUGGACCUGUGCUAGUUGAAAUUCACCUUACAAUUUCCUCUUUUAGAUUGCUUGUUGUUUCUAUCAUCACUGUUGUCCAUGGUUGCCACAUGAUGUGUAUUUUGGCUCCAGUCAAUUUUAAAUAAGUUGAGCUGCCCGCCCAUUUUUUUGUUUGCUGAGACAGAUUCACCCUAACAAACUACCAGCCGAUUUAUCUGAAUCCGUACAAAAAUGAUUCGCAACCUGAUCCCGUUCUUGAGGAAGGAGAACUUGGACAAGCACCAGGCCAUGAAGAAUCUGGAGAAGGAAAACCAGGCACUGAGGAGACAGCUCAAAGAGAAAGAUGAACAGAUCGCUCAUCUUCAGGAGGAGAUGGACAAGAUGCGUUCGGUGCUGCAACAGAUGCAACUGGGAACCAAUCACAGUCUCGCCUCGCCCCUCCGCGUCUCAGCCAAUCACAAUUCAGCCGAGCAGAAUGGGUCGGGGCGCGGGUCUAUUGGCGCUCUGGGGACCGCUGUUAACACAAAGAAACAGGGCGUGUCAGCGGAGAGUGCGGCCAAACCCGGAAACCAUGUCAAUAUCCAGAUCAAAAAAUAUCCCAAGAGUAACGAGAUUAAGAGUCUGAUCACGGGUGCGAUUGAGCAGAAUGAGUUCACGCAGCACCUGGAGAGCAGCCAAAUUGGUGAGAUUGUGGAGGCCAUGCACGAGGUCAAGUUCAACGCAGACGAUUUCGUCAUUCAAGAGGGACACAUCGGAGACUGCCUCUACGUCAUUCAAGAUGGCGUGCUUGAAGUGUCGAAGAAGGGCAAGACUCUGACCAGACUGACCUCUGGCACUUUGUUCGGAGAACUGGCUAUCCUCUACAACUGCACACGCACUGCUUCAGUCAAGGCCCUGACGUACUCGCGGCUGUGGAAGAUAGAGCGAGUGAGCUUCCAGAAGAUCAUGAUGAAGGUCGUGCUCUCGGAGGAGGAUGAAAUACAACAGUUCCUACAAAGUGUGCCACUUCUCAAAGAGCUUCCGAUCGAAGUGAUGAACAAACUGGUCUACUGUGUCGACUUUUGUCACUUUGCACCUGAAGAGUACAUCAUCAGGGAGAAUGCGUACGGGGAGACAUUCUACAUAAUCAGACAGGGCAAGGUCAAGGUCAUGCAGACACACCCCCAGACUGGACUCCCAGUCCUCAUCAGACACUUGCAGAAGGGGGACUAUUUUGGGGAGAAAGCACUCGUGUGCGAAGACAGAAGAACCGCCUCAAUCAUCACAGAAACAGAAGUCGAAUGUGUGCAAAUUGACAGAAGCAACUUCAUUGAGCUUAUUGGACCCUUGCAGGAGAUCAAGAACAAGAAGUACAGUGACACCCGGAACGUGGACUUAUCCACCAGGGAUGACGUCGCCUUCCCGGAGGAGUUCCAGAAUGUGAAGAUGGGAGACCUGUUCCACAUCGGAACCAUCGGACAAGGCGGCUUCGGAAGGGUCGACUUGGUGAAACACGUGGGAAGGGAUGGGAAGGCACACAGCUAUGCUCUGAAGUGUCUGAGGAAACAGCACAUUGUGGAGUUGAAGCAGCAGGACCACAUCUACUCGGAGAAGACCAUCCUACUUCAAUCAGACUGUCCCUUCAUCAUCAAACUGUACCGCACGUUCAAAGACAGGAAGUACGUGUACAUGCUCAUGGAGGUCUGUUUGGGAGGAGAGUUAUGGACACACAUGAAUCACAGAUUGUACCUGCCCGACAAUUGCGCCAAGUUCUCGGUGGCGUGUGUGGUUCUGGCAUUCGAGUAUCUACAUGCCAGAGGCAUUAUCUACAGAGAUUUGAAACCAGAGAAUCUUUUGCUGUCGAGCAACGGAUACGUCAAAAUGUGUGACUUUGGUUUUGCAAAGAAGAUCGGCCCCCACUCUAAAACAUGGACUUUCUGUGGAACCCCCGAGUACACUGCGCCCGAGAUUAUCCUCAACAAAGGACACGACUUCGCAGCCGACUACUGGGCACUCGGAAUACUGGUAUACGAACUGCUCAACGGCAUCCCGCCUUUCACCGGAGGAGAUGCUAUGAAGACAUACUCUAUGAUCCUCAAAGGGGUUGACGUGCUAGACCUACCUACAAAACGCAUGCACAAGAACUCAGUCAACUUCUUGAGAAAAUGUUGCAAGACCAACCCCUCAGAGCGACUAGGAUAUCAAAAGAACGGCAUUUUAGACAUCAAGAAACACAAGUGGUUCGAGAGCUUCGACUGGAACGGAUUAAGUCAUCGCACUAUGAAUUCACCAUUUAAAAUAAAGGUUAAAAAUGCCAUGGACAGUACCAAUUUUGACUUCCUCCAGAUUGACCAAGAGGUGGUCGAAGACGAACUGUCAGGAUGGGAUGAACACUUCUAGGAAGAGAUUAGUCGAAUCGCGUGAUCAAAUCAACUUAGUCGUGAUCCAAUUUUUCUCUUUUAUCUUUACGAAGACAAACUUUGUGAAUUAUGAACUAAUUUGUGAACUUCAGAGGUUCCGUCGUGCUUUCCUGGGGCAAUUGAUUGCUAUGUGCAAUUUUCUUCAAGAAUAGUUUUAUUUCUAAAUUACGAACAAAAAACCAAUCCAUUGCUUGAAAGCUAAUUCAUUUAGUUGUGUUGAAAUUAAAUUGGUUUUUGAUUAAAAUUCGAUUCUUACUUUAGUUUGUUUAAUUUGUAAAAAAAAAAUAUGGUAAUAAAUUUAUAUUUCAUUUCCGGUAAUGGUUUCUGAAAUUUAUUUAAUGAGCAGUUUGAUAACUUUCUUUCUAUAUUGUGUUGCAUGAAUGCUAUGAAUGCUCGUCAUUAUCAAU